AAUAAGUACUUAUUUAAUUAUUUUUGAAGUUUGUUAAAUUCUAGUGAGAUAGCAGUAUGAUUAAGGUACUGCUGCUGUAUGCUGUGGCGUCGGGUGCGCUGGCCGACCACCUCCAUCACCCAGCCUCUUCAAAGCCCGAGCCCACCGCUAAACCCGAGUGUCCCACCAAACCCCCAGCCCCCGGCCCCGUGACCGUGACGCCGGCGGGUGCGGUCCGCGGCUCGUGGAUGGUCUCGCGGCUCAGGCGCCGCUUCCAGGCCUACCGCGGCAUCCGCUAUGCGCAACCGCCAGUUGGAGAGCUACGAUUCCAGCCACCGGUAGACAUGGUAGAGUACUCUUCUGAAGUAGACGCGAGUCAGGAAGGCCCGGGAUGUCCGCAGCCAGCGCGCCCCGGCAAGUACCCCAUGGACGAAGACUGUCUACGGAUCAACGUCUACACUCCGGAUAACAAUAGUUCACGCAAGUUGCCGGUGGUAGUGUUCAUCCAUCCCGGUGGCUUCUACUCCUUCGCCGGCCGCUCUGAUCUCUUCGGCCCGCACUAUCUACUAGAUCGCGACCUGGUGCUUGUCACUCUCAACUAUCGCCUUGCGUCUCUCGGUUUCUUGGCUACUGGCGAUGCAGUAGCGCCCGGUAACAAUGGCUACAAGGACCAGGUGUCGGCGCUGCGUUGGGUACAGCGCAAUAUAGCUGCGUUCGGCGGUGACCCGGGGAAAGUCACCAUCUCUGGGUGCAGUGCUGGAUCUAGAAGCGUCAUACUGCAUAUGAUAUCGCCGAUGUCUAAAGGCUUGUUUCACCGUGGAAUCGCGAUGUCAGGCUCCCCAGUAGGGAAGGUCGCCGUGUUGCCUCACCAGUUCGACCUGGCGCAGAAGCAGGCUGCCCUACUUGACUGUCCCACAAACUCCUCGCGGGCCAUCGUCGACUGCCUGAAGACCAAGACCUGGCAGGAGAUUGGCAAUUCACUGACCGGCUUCUGGACUGAUGAUACAGAUGCUGUUAGUUUUUGGACCGCCGUCGUGGAACCUGACGUAGGGCAACCGCGGUUCCUUGCCCUUCAACCUGAUGAGGCUGUCCGCCAGGGGAACUUUCACGCCGUACCACUGCUUAUUAGUCAAACCGAGAAUGAGUUCUUUUGGAAGGCAUUUGCCGUGACCAAGAAUAAAACACGACGAGACCGUAUGAACACUGAAUGGGAGAAGAUCGCGCCAGCAUCGUUCGCGCUGCCGGAACAAAACUCUUCAGCGGCCAGUCGCCGACUCAGACAAACGUAUCUAGGCGACAAACCGAUAGAAGACACGCAUGAAAGCAACAGCGCUCUAGGGAAGUUGUAUGGAGACAGCUGGAUUGGACUGAAUGUGCAUAGAAUGGCAAACCUGAUGUGCCGCCACUCUCCCCAACCCGUGUGGUACAGCGUCUUCAGUUACGUCGGCAACAACAGCUUUUAUCAAGAUCCGACCACCCAUAAACCCAGGGGCGCAGCGCAUCACGACGACACGAUCUACGUGUUCUCGCAGAGCUACCUGCGGCCGCCGAUCAAGGCGCGCUCGCCACCGCCGCCCGCGCCGCAGGACCACCUCAUGGUGGAGCGCAUGACCGCCAUCUGGUACACCUUCGCCAAGCACGGCAAUCCAAAUCCUCGUAAAGGUGAAUUGUCGGAGCUGUCCUCGCUGCACUGGCCUGCCAUGAAGCCCGAGGACAGGAAGUACCUGAAGGUGGACCGGCAGUUCUCCGUGCACGAGAAACUGCACGAGAAACAACUGCAAGUCUGGGACGAACUCUACCCCAUGCAGUAUUAAACAUCAUCUAAUGCUAAUUCUGUGAUAAGUAUUUUUAUAUGCAAUUUUAAGCAUAGGUACUUAGUUUUAAUUUUUCCUCUGUACCUAUAGUUAUGUUUGUUCAAUAAAUGGGUUUUACAGCCGACGUCCAAAAUUUG